ACACAUUUGCAUACUUAUUUUUUUCUUGUGUGAUGUUCGUACUAAAUUGUUGAUAUGCAUAGCGCACAACUCUCAGAGCACCAAAACAAUCAACAACAAACCAAAUAAUCACUUAAACAACAACAAAUCGUACUGUUCAAUUAUUAAUACUGCGCACGCUUGAGUUCUGGAACGCCAGCAGUCAGCUAGUUGGCUAUCGAAAAUUCAAAGAGACGACCAGCAUAGAACUUGGAGAGCACAAAAAAUUGUUCAGAAAUUCACUCGCAUUGUGCCAUUAUACGCUGCAAAUCGUCCAGAAACUCGUCAAAUACACAGCCAAAGUAAGUCGCAGCGGAGAGCUAAAAGUGCAGUUAAUAAAAAAGUAAUAUUCUAAUUAAAAGAUUCUAAAUAGAAAUCUAUGUAAUUGGUAAAAUAUUCGUAAUUGUAAAACAUUUUGGGCGUGAAUUUGUUUUUGUUUUUUAUAUGUAAGUGCAAUUACAAGUUUUCAUAUCAGCCGCAGUCGCAUAAUCUGUAAUCGCUAGUGAAGUAAUCGCUUUCGCAAACAGUGUAACAGUGUGUGAUUUGUUCCAGUGUUUGCUUUAACCAAAUAAUUAAGUAAAGUGAAUAAAAGACAAUGGGUUCGUCUACGUCGCGCAAUACUGCGUCCAACUUUCCAUCGCAUGAUGAUCCAGCGUACCGGAAGUGUCAGGAGUUAAAAAUGGAACGCUGGAUACAAUUACACUAUCAGAUAAAAGAGCGCGAAAUGGCCACAUAUAUUGCUGGUAAACGUGAGCUCUUCUAUUGGUUAAGCGCCUUCUAUAUCACCUCGAGCAUUGGUUGCUGGCAAUAUUAUCAGUAUAUACGACGAAAAGCGGCGUUGCUGCCAAUGGUUCCCUUGACCUUUGUUAUGGCAUAUUAUGCCGAUUUGGCUUACGGCAGUAAAGUACAUCGCAUACAAGCUGAAGCCAAUAUGAUAUUGGAGCAUGAAAACGAAUUGCUACACUGGCCUGGCGGCUUGCCAACUGUAUCAUCGCUGGAUGAGGCACGUGUUGAAAAUGAAAUCGAAAAGAAAUUACAUCCACAUCCUUCAUAGACUUAUCCAUUUACACUUUAUUUAUGCUUUCCAUGCUAUUGAGAUUUUUACACUUCAUAUAUUUGCUCAAUGAAAUAUACAAUUCGUUUUCCAAUCAACUACAUAUGUAUGUAUUUAACAGUUUUAUAGAAUAUUCACUUAUUGAAAUUUAAACAAAUAUUUAUGCAAUUGCAAGUUUGUGACAAUAUUUUAAUUAAUUGUAAGAUUAGCCAUUUUUCUAAAUGUACAUGUACUUAUAUAUACAUACACACAAAUAUGUGUGCAAUUAUUGUUGUAUGUAAAUGUUUUUUUACUAUUCAAUAUAUUUACUAUAUUGCCCAUAAUAACCACUUUUGAAAUAUUAAGCAGAUACUUAAAGAAACCGAAGUUCUAACUACAUACAAUACAUACAUUUAAAGCACACGCACUAUUAUAUGAAGUUAAUAAAAUAACUUAUCACAUAAUGCAUUACAAUAAAAAUUAUCUACAUACAAUAUUGUAAAUAUGCAUAUGUAUGUACACAUUCAAAUGUAUGCAAUUUAAUAGUGGAACUUCAUAUUCGCGGGGUUUCAAAAGUAUCAUUCAACCUUAAUUCAUGUGAUUGAACAUAGUACUUACUUACAAAUAUACUCUUAAUUACAUUUAAUAAAUUAUAAUACUGCGAAUUAAUAAAUUGCGUAUAAAGAAAUAAA